AUGAGACUUUUAGGGGGCGAGAUUGCCAGAGUACGGGAGGCAGAGACAGGAUAUAAUGGCAGGAUGAACCUCCAACUCAAGCUCAUCAGGACCAAGAAGCUCCUAAAGGUUUGGAACAUAGAAGUUUUUGGCAACAUUAUCCAAAACCUAAAGGAUGCAGAGCAGGCAGUGCUUGAGGCACAGAUUUUAUAUGAUAGUGACCCGACACCAGCACAUAGAGCUGUAUUCAGUCGAGUACAGAAGAGAGAUAAGUCGCAGAUACACACGGUCGAGUUUGGGGGGCAGGCACUGACAGAUGAGACAGAGAUCAGGGAGUCAGUGGCAUCCUUCUUUCAGCAGCUUCUGACAUCGGACGUUGGGGACCUUGCAGAGCGUGACUUAUCUCUCAUCCAUACACUUCCAGAUUCACACUGCUGGGACACUGUGGAGAGGGAUGUGAUUACAGCUGUGGUAGACUUUUUCAGUGGGGCGUUUAUGCCCCGAAGCUUCACGGCUACCAUGAUCGUCCUCAUUCGGAAGAAGCCUAACCCAAGUGGGUUCAUCAAGGGCCGCCUGCUUACUGACAAUGUUCUUCUGGCCCAAGAGUUGAUACAUGACCUGGGGAAGGAGCUUUCGAGUAGAGGGAGAUCGCCCAAUCUGGCACUCAAGCUGGAUAUGGCAGAGGCGUAUGAUAGAGUCCAGUGGCCGUUUUUUGCUCAAGGUCUUAGAAACGAUGGGAUUCUCAACAACCUGGUCCUGGUGAACGGGGGUCCGGCGGGUUUCUUUCAGUCCUCAAGGGGGCUAAGACAAGGGGAUCCCUUAUCGCCCUCCCUCUUUGUGUUAGCGACAGAUUACCUUUCAAGAUGUCUGGAUAGGCUGAUCAAGGGGGAUAGAGAGAUGAUAUACAGAUGCCGAAAAAAGGCCCCCAUUAUCACUCAUCUCUCCUACGCAGAUGAUAUAAUCAUAGUCUCGAGGGCACAUAGAAAGGCAGUUAAAAGGUUGGUUGGAUGCCUGGAUCACUACAUUGCUGUGUCUGGGCAGAAGGUGAAUAAUGGGAAGACACAUUUCUUUUUGGCGACUGAGCACAUGGAGUUAGCUAGCAUUGUUGAGGAGGAGCAAAUUCUGGCUAGAUAUUUUUGGGGUACAGUUGGAGAAAAGAGGAAGCUACACUGGAUUUCUUGGAGACAGAUUUGCUUGCCUUUUGAUGAGGGUGGCUUGGGUAUUCGCCGCUUCAGGGAAGUGUCAGUGGCUUUUGGGUUCAAGCUGUGGUGGAGACUGCUAGCUCAGGAUUCUCUUUGGGCCAAGUUCAUGACCCAGAAGUACAGUAUCCUUCCUUGUCAUUUGCAUACAUCUCCUUGUGGGUCGCAUGACAGUCCUACUUGGCGUUCUUUGCAUCAUAUUUGGUCAUACAUGCAUGAGUAUAUCCGUUGGUCCUUGGGUGAGGGGAAGAUCAGCUUCUGGGAUGAUGUCUGGCUUGGGGCUAGCCCCAUCCGGAGUCUGUGCAUCUCAGGAAAUGAUCCUCCUCAAUCUCAGGCCGUUGCAUCAUAUUGGCAUGAUUAUGCAUGGGAUGUGGAUAUGCUGCAUAGUUUAUCUUUCAGGUUUGGCGUACCUCCAGAUGUGAUAGACCAGAUCAGAGCCACGCCGAUCGAGUUGGGGGCGAAGGAUGUGAGGCGGUGGAGUCUGACUAGCCAUGGCGAGUUCUCUGUGACCUCAGCUUGGGAAAGCAUCCGGACUAGAUUGCCGAAGAGGGAGAUUUUUGGGCUUAUCUGGAACCAAGGGUUGACCCCUACCAUCUCUGUGUUCAUUUGGAGGUUGCUAUUUAGUAGGUUGCCGGUGGAUGAGAAGUUGCAGAUGAGGGGGAUUGAGUUAACGUCUAGAUGUCAGUGUUGUCGGUCUCCUUCAGUCGAGUCUCUUAGUCAUGUCACUCACCACCUGCACGUGCUUGUCUUGGCCGGCAAGAUCACCCCGACCCACUGGAGGGGAUGCUCGCCGUCGGUUGGUUUCAUGUCUUUCUCCCCCAGACAGCGUGUUCUGCGGUCACUCAUGGUCCUAUGGCAUCCCCUUGAUGCCCCUUGGGUGAAGCUAAACACUGACGGUGCCUUCUCUACAUCAACAAUAGAGGCGAUGGAGGGAGGAUUGGUUCGAGGCUCUGAUGGAGGACUUUUGCGUGCCUUCUGUGCUCCAAUAGCCGCAUCAUCGAGCUUUGAGGCGGAGCUGUUGGCUCUGAUUCGGGGGUUCGAGAUGGAUAUGGAGCUUUCGACACACAUCUGGAUUGAGCUUGACUCAGCGGCUCUGGUUACGUUGUUGUCAUCUAGACAGCUUAGCGCUGCGGAUUGCAGACAUCACAUGGCUUUGAUCCGGAGUAUGGCUUCUCAACGACAUGUUCAGUUCUCACACAUCUACAGAGAAGGGAACCGAGCUGCUGACUUUCUUGCAAGUUGA